AGAAGAACGGUUUCAUUAGUUCUCUGUCGCUUGGACGGAGCCAGGGGGCGCCGCGAGGCCGAAUUUUCCGUCUGAACAACAGGCUCGGGCCUAGCCAGCGAGCGAGGCCGUCCCGCCCACUUUCCUCAGUAUGGUGGUGUGUUCGGGCCUCCAAGAGAAACCGUAAAGCUGGGAGAAGUUGCGAAGUGGGGGCAGGAGCGCAGCAUGUGGCGAGGGGACGCUGGCUCCGCAGGCCACCAAGGGCCGUGGGGGGCUGAGGAGACGCUGCCUCCCCCAGCCAUCGGGUUCCCUGACGACGACGGAGAGACGGACUCGCAGUUCGACGAUUCCGAUUGGCCUGCAGAGCUUAGAGGUGCAAAUGGUUCUCAAAAAUUAAUGACUGUCACAACUUCAUUUGCCAACCAGCUCCUCCUUGCUUCUCUUGUAGAACAUCUUUGUCAUGUUUAUGCACAAGAUCUGACACGUUCAAGACGUUUGUUUCAAUUACUGUGUAAGACGUUUACUGGAAUGGGCUUGCUUUCUGAUUUUGCCAUCUGCGAAGAAUUCAGUAGUUUGAGACUGCAGCAUAAUCGAGCCAUUACUGAAUUAAUGAAAGCAGCCAACAAACAAAUACUCAGUGAGGAAUUUUGUAAGGGUGGUUCUUGCACAAACAGUAAUAUACCCAUCUUUAAAAAAAAAACUAGGGAAAAUGAAAUUAUCUUUGAAGCACAGACCUCUCGCUAUGUCAAUGAAUUUGAUGAGGUUUCAAGAUUAGGAAAAGGAGGCUACGGAACUGUAUAUAAGGUCCGAAACAAGCUAGAUGGUCAGUUCUAUGCAGUUAAAAAAAUUCUUAUUAAGAAGGCGACCAAAAGAGAUUGCAUGAAGGUAUUACGGGAAGUUAAAGUGUUGGCCGGGCUGCAGCACCCAAAUAUUGUGGGAUAUCACACUGCUUGGAUGGAACAUGUUCAACCAACAUGUCCAAAAGGUGAGACAACCUUGAAUUUGCCAUCACUUAAAAUGUCUUCUGGGCAGGGGAGUUCUGAAGCUCAGUCCUGCCUUCAAGAUAUGCAAGACAGCAGCUCCAUUAUCUUUGCUGAUGUUACCCCUGAAGAUUCUGUUGGCAAAGACUGUAAAGGAAAUAAAAUUCAUACAUGUGCGCUACCUGUUGAAUCACAUGAGAGAAGCUGCAUAAAUAACACAGUCAACUUAGCAAGAGAUCAUGAAAAUCAUCCACCGGUUGUACCUCUUUCCAGUUGUGACAGACUUGACAGUGUUAAUACAAAUGAUUCUUGCAGCGAUGAAGAACACUUGCAGAAGGGAAUGUCUGUGCAGCACCAAUGUGAGAUAGAGUAUCAUCUAAUGCUUCACAUUCAAAUGCAGCUGUGUGAAAUUUCCUUGUGGGACUGGAUUGCUGACAGAAACAAAAUGUGUUUGAAAUCAGAAGAUGCUUCCAGUCCUUAUCACCAUGUAGACAAUCGCUGGACAUUAAAAAUCUUCCAAGAGCUACUAGAAGGAGUGUAUUAUAUCCACAGUAUGGGGGUCAUGCACCGGGACAUUAAACCCAGAAAUAUCUUUCUACAAGGAACUGACCACCAUGUGAAAAUAGGAGAUUUUGGGCUGGCCUGUCAAGAUAUUAUACAGGAAGAUACAACCCACUUGCUAAGUGCAAAGAAGAAAAAUGAACCAAUACACACUUCUGGGGUCGGUACUUGCCUGUAUGCUUCACCUGAACAGCUACAAGGCUCUCACUAUGACUUCAAGUCAGAUAUGUACAGCUUGGGUGUAAUCCUGUUAGAACUCUUCCAGCCAUUUGGAACAGAAAUGGAAAGAAGUGAAGUUUUGAUGGGCUUAAGGAAAGACCGCAUCCCCCUCUCUUUUACCAGGAAAUGGCCUAUACAGACUAAAUACAUUAAGCUGCUAACUAGUUCGGUAUCAUCACACAGACCAACUGCGAGUCAACUUCUUGAAAGUGAACUCUUCCAUAAUACAGCAAAUGUUAUUUGUAAUCUUCAGCAGAAAGUGAUGCAACAAGAAGAAGAAAUCAAGUUGCUUCAAGAAAAAAUUAAGCUAUUGUUGCAAGAGAAAGAUGAGAGGGACAGAAUUAAGCAACUCGGCUCUCCUGUUUAAAUCAAACAAAAGUAUUUAUAUCAUGUUAUGUAAGAUGUCAGUUUUUUAUAUAAAAUGGCUCCAAGCA